AUGAAAAAUGUCACCGGAGCUCAUGAAGAUUUUUUGGAGCCAGUUUCAGUGGACCUAAACAGUACAGAGCAACUGUAUGGCAUAGAAUACGAAGUCCGCGUGAUCAAUGGCUUCACAAACAAUUCCUCACUGCCUCUGGUGAUAUGGUGUGCGUCCAAAGACAAUGAUAUUGGCGGGCGUGCGCUCCAGGAGCAUGAUGAUUUCGGCUGGCUCGUCAGGACCAACUUCUGGAUUUUUACAACCUCUCAAUUCUCAUGCACGGUCAAACUGGACCGGACGAGGAAGAGUUUUGAUGCAUUCAAGGUACCAAGAGAUAUCUAUCGCUGUAGUCCUCUCAGGAAAUGCUCUUGGCUGGUUAUGGAAGAUGGAUUCUAUUUCAGUGACGACGAAGUAAGCUGGAAGAAGGAUUUCUCGUGGUAA